AUGUCUCGAUUUACUCCGGCGGAGAAUUUGCAGUUGAAAUAUUGCCUUGAGAAUUCAUCUACUCCUAUACUUCAUAUUCCAAAUGGUGGCAGAGGUGAAAAGGUUAUUUUAAAAAUACCCGAAUCAAAAUGGGAAAGUUGGAUAACUAAUGAGAAGAAAGACAACCAAUGGACACGACGCUUGAACUCUGGAUCCAGCAGUUGUCUGGUCUGGAUACAAGAGUACGUUUGCAGACUCAAAGGUCAUCGGAAACCUAAACUUAGUGCACCUUUUCGCCAGAGGAAGAAUUACACCAAAACAGUUGGUUGUGGAGCAGGAUUUACAGCCAGAUUAAGUCAGAAAUUCUGGCCAGGAAGUAAGACUGAUCGAACCGUCGUUCUAACGUGCUAUUGGAACCAUAAUCACGAGGCACCACCACGAGAAACAAACGAUGAUCAUUAUACUAGAAUUGAAGCUAAGGAAUCUGAAUUAAUAGAUUUAAUUACCCCACAAGUUUCAGGCCCUACAGAACUGCCCAGACAUACCAACAUUUCUGGUGGUUUUCCUGAAAGUGAUACAAAAGAGCUAAAUGAAAGCCAAAAUAUGAGAGACACCCUUGGGUAUGACAUAACAUACGCUCUUUGUGAAUGUAACGGUAUCCGAAAUGAUAAUGCCUAUCUGAUUCUGUCCAAACAAUCAACCACUAAUUUUCCUAUUUCUGAAGUAUCUCAAGACAUCGAAAUACCUCAUAGAGAUCGAGUUAUAAAUAUAGCAGGAUAUGUUAAUGUAUUUCAGAAACAAGGGUUGAUGGAGCUACUUGCUAGAAAUCGCAUAAUUAAUUUGACCAAACCUAAAGAGACUGUUACCAAUAGAACUGUUACUACAAGAGAUUCUGUAAAUCCACCAGAAUUUUCGAAACAAAUGCUGAGGUCAACCAGGGAUAAUAUAGAGAUUAUUGGAAAUAGAGGGGUUCCAAUUAUGCCUAUAAGCAAUCAAAGAGGUAAGUUAGCUGAUAUUACUAAUGUAACUCACAAAAAGACAACAACCAAUAAAAUAGUUAAGACUAAUUACUAUGCUAACAAGGAAAAGCCAGUGCCCACAUGUACAUCCCCUAGGGCCAGUUUGAUCCAAACAAUCUUAAAUGAUGUUCUUGAUUAG